AUGACCCUCUGUGGCUGCUAUUUACCAUUGGCGAAAGAAGUCCAAAUUUACGACACCGAUCCCGUAGCCGUAGAGGCAGGAAGAAGUCGUCCGUAUAAAGAGAGAGGACUGCACAAUGGCGAAGGUGCACUUGUGUCCAGCUCGGCCAGGAUUUCACACAGCAAAAUGAGAAUCACAACCCUGUUCGUCGCGGUCUUGGUUGCGUUGGCGGCGAUGUUCACCGCCACCGAAGCCAAUCCGACCUUCUUUAAAAAUAAGGGCGGCGGCGGCGGAAAAGGCGGUGGCGGCAAAUACGGUGGCGGCGGCGGCGGCGGAAAAAGCGGCGGCAAGUUCGGUAGCGGCAAGUUCGGCCUGUUCGGAGGGGAAGGGCACCUGUUCCCUCUUUUCGGUGGCCUAUUAGGGAAGAAGGGAUGAGCGGAAAUGGCUGCGGGAGGAAGAAAAUCAGACACUCCAAGUCGCAGGAUUCUAGUGCUGUGCGCGGCUUGGCUCGAAAACAGUCAGCACCCUCGCUCUCGAGGGUAGGAAAAUGUGUACAGAGUUAAGAAAAAAAAUAUAUGCGUACUGCAAUUUUA